CCACGUGCAUGUGGGGCCCAGUGGUAAGGUGGAAGAAAAGUGUCAUCCAAUCCUGCUAUUCAUUUUGAUGCUCAAAGAUGACAUAAAAGCUGCAUGUCAGGGAGGAAUGGCCAUUGAGAAGGAAGAAAGCAGCCCUGCACUCCUCUGUGAUUGGGACUGACUGUGUUGUUGCUGGGUGGAUGCUGCGUAAUGCUGUUGCUGCUCCUGCUCCAGCACCGUGAUGUUUCUGUUCCAGACUGUGCUGACUCACAUUCAAGAAAAAAUGAUACAUAAACACAAUGCACUGUAACUCUUUUCCUUUCCCUCAGUAACCUCGAAAGUUUCUGUAGCUCAUGGUUUAAAUGGCUGAGACAAUAGCUGUAAUACCAAGAGAUGAAGAGGACAUCCAAAAUAAUUGUGAAGAUGAAGAUCGAUUUCCGAAUCAUGAUACUGUUACGGCAUCCCUUGGUUGCUCUGCCAGCCCUUCAUUAGCCAGCCUUAAUGAAGACAGGGCAAGCUCAGCGGGGCCAGAAAGACUGUCUGUCCUCUCCAGCAAGGCCGUGACCCUGGUAAAAGCCCUGACUGGCCCAGAGAUGGUUAGUGGUGGCCAGAACCAGAGAACAGCCUCUGGGCUGGCUGAGCAUCAUAUGACAGCUGUAGACGUAUCAUUGGGUGACUCGUUGUACCCUGUGGUAGUCAGUAACCUGCAGCCUGUGGACAUUGCCUCCCUGUGCUCCAAAAGCUCCUUCUGCGAUGGUGAAUUGAAUUCAGAAGUGCUUCAGGUCCCAAGGGUGCUCUGUGAAGCCAGUGAAUCCCCACAGGUUGGGACUGACCAAAAGGACUGCCACACACAGCAGGAAGGAAGCGGCACCAAGGGCAAUACGGUCUCUUGUAGUCUGGGCCAUGUGAUUUGGAUGAAGACCACAACAGUAAUGGAGACCUUAGAAAACAAGAAACAAGAGGAAAAGGAGAAGUACCGGCUCCAACUAGCUAUGUACCGACGGCUUCUGCUGUUGCGCUCCAUCAGGAGUUUGCAUAGGCAGCUGGAGCAGCAGCAGGCCAGGUUGAAGGAAUGCUAUGGCAUGGUAAUAAAUACCAAGAAAGAAGUGUUGAAACACAUCUGCUCAGCCUCGCCCUCACCUUCGCCAUAAUCAUGUUGCUGCAUGCAAAAAUGAGCUUUGCAAUGCCACCGGAGCCGCCAGCAAGCUUGCAUGCUACCGGGGUGGUGUCCUCAUACCCAAGGGUAUGUGCCCAUGUGCGCUCAGAGUAGAGAGGAAACAGCAACAGCAGCAGAGCAAGAAGAGAGGAGAGAAGGGGAAGUGUGGGCCCCCGAAUUUAUCUAGAGGAAACCAGAGCAAGAUUGAACCUGUGCGAGAAGUUGACUCCUGAUGAACACUCAAAGCCUCAAGCUGAAAUAGAAUUUUUUUGGCAUAUAGGUUUGCAAAAAGAAAAAAAAUCAUCACAAAACUGGGAACCUAGUCUGACACCUGAUCCAUAAAGGUGGUCAGAUGCAGGGUUGCUACCUGCUGAAUAUGUGAUCUGGUGCAUCUCCCUUCUACUUUCAGCACUAACAAAACUUGAACAGAAUUAGGAUUUGCUUUCCUGCAAGAAUACCUGAAUUUAGAAAGUCCGGAUAUUUGAAACACUAAAACUCAGUCUCAACCCUAUCUACCUAGCUGCCUGUUUUUCACAAAUCGUGAAGGCCAUUGUACAAUUGCAACCUCUAUUUUCCUUUAAAAUUUAUUCGGACCACCCAGAAAUUAUUAUGGGAAGGUAGGACAGUUGCACACAGAGGGAAACAGUACAACUGCCUAAGCCAGAUUUCCUCAGGAAAGCAAGGUAAAAACAAAGGCCUUGUAAUCUAAUGUUGCAUUGGAAACCCAGGCUGGCAGUGCCAGGGGAAUGUUUGAGGUCUGCACAAUUAUUAAUCUGCUGCUAACUCCCAGUAGCACUAGCAUCUGCAAAUCAAGCAUAUUUUGUGCCUUACUGCUGUCAUUUAAUGGAAGUUGGUGACAAUUAGCACUUUUUAUCCAGGUGUAUUAGACAUGUGGAAAACCCUGGAGCACUGCUUCUCCAAUUGUAAGGUUAGGAUGCCUGCAGGGAAUUUGAUGUCAGUAUGCAACAAACACACAGGGAAAAUGAAAGCAAAAAUAUGCAACUUUUUUGUAUGCAUUUAAAAGGCAAUGUGUGUACCUGUUAUGGAACAGCAAAAUUGAAUAAUUGAAUGUACUGUUUCAGGAUCUGAAGCAAA